UUGCUAACUUCACAUUUUUACAUCUCCAAGAUCUCACAGUUUCUCAAAGGUGAAGAAGAGAGAGAAGAGGAAUCACCACCACCCACCAUCAAAACAAAAGAGAGGUAGAAGAAGAAGAAGAAAGAAACCAUCAUCCUCACCGUCCGUUCGUUCUACGUGGUGUGUGUUUAAACCGUUGAUGGCCACUCGUGUGAUCCCUCCAAGAAUCCUGAGGAAUCUCGGUUACAACACCGCCACAAAACCGUUAACCUCUCCACACCCUUCUUCUCUCUCCCCCACUCUCUCUCCUCCGCCUUGUCUCAUCGACGCCGCUCCCAAACCACCGUCCUCCGCCGCAACCACCCUCCUCUCCCCCCCCGCCGACCCCGCUGAGCUCAAUUUCAACGACGUUCAGAAACUCUUCUCCGCCGUACCCACCUCCAAGCUCCUCCGAUCCACCGCCGUGCUUCAUGCCACUGCCGUUGAGCCCAUGGUGGACCUUGGCACGUGGUUCAUGAGAUCUAAGCUCAUGCAAACCGAGGGUCUUAAGGAGGUUGCGCUCGCCGCCAUUCGCGCCUCUUUCUACGGACAUUUUUGCGCCGGUGAGGACGCUACCACCGCCGGGAAGAGCAUCAGGGAAUUGAACGAAGCUGGCCUCCGCGGCAUGCUCGUGUACGGCGUUGAAGACGCCAAUGACAAUGAUGGGUGUGACCGCAACCAUAAAGGGUUCCUCCACACCGUUGAUGUCAGCAGAUCGCUUCCUCCUUCUUCGGUGAGCUUUGUCAUUGUGAAAAUCACUGCAAUAUGUCCCAUGAGUCUGCUAGAAAGACUCAGUGACUUGCUGAGAUGGCAGCAGAAAGACCCUUCAUUCAAUUUGCCAUGGAAGCAAGAUUCUUUGCCAAUUUUUGCCAAGUGCAGCCCUUUGUACCACACCCGGAAGAGACCGGAGCCCCUAACCCGUGAAGAAGAGAGUGAUCUUGAGCUUGCCAAUCAGAGAUUCCUUGAGCUUUGCCAGAAGUGCGUGCAGGCCAAUAUUCCUUUGUUGGUUGAUGCAGAGCACACUGCAGUUCAACCUGCUAUUGAUUACUUCACAUACUCUUCUUCCAUUGUGCACAACAAAGGAGAGAACCCCAUCGUGUUUGGAACCAUUCAAACAUACCUGAAAGAUGCCAAGGAGAGGCUGCUGCUGGCAACCGAGGCUGCUGAGAAAAUGGGUGUCCCAAUGGGGUUCAAAUUGGUGAGGGGUGCUUAUAUGUCAAGUGAAAGGAGUUUGGCUUCGUCUUUGGGAUAUGCAUCUCCAAUUCAUAAUACCAUCCAGGACACGCACAAGUGCUUUAAUGACUGCUCAUCUUAUCUGCUUGAGAAGAUUGCUAAUGGCCCUGGUGGGGUUGUUCUUGCAACUCACAAUGUCGAAUCAGGGAAAUUAGCUGCAGCAAAAGCACAUGAGUUGGGGAUUGGAAAGGUGAACCACAAGCUUGAAUUUGCACAGCUACAUGGAAUGUCAGAGGCACUUUCCUUUGGUUUGAGCAAUGCAGGGUUUCAGGUUAGCAAGUACAUGCCAUUUGGACCUGUAGAGACAGUUAUGCCUUACCUCCUUAGAAGGGCUGAGGAGAAUAGAGGGAUGUUGGCUGCAUCAGGCUUUGACAGGCUACUGAUGAGGAAGGAGUUGGGAAGAAGACUUCAAGCUGCAAUCUUUUAAAUUGAUGAGAUGAAAUUAUUGGGAUGUAAUAAUGUCAUGCAUGUAGGUUUCAGGGUUCGCCAAUUUCUGUACAAAUUAGAGAAUCCUGUAAUUGAUUUGAAUUGUGCAUUCAAGUUAAUGAAAUGUGCAUUUUGUUUGGUAUUA